GGCGGUGUUUACUGCACACCAUGCAUCUAUAUAGCUCUCUCUAUGGAGUACUCCAUACACACACACACAAGCUUUGUACUAGCUAGUUGCUAAUAUUACUAGUAAGUGCAGUUGAUAUUAUUGUAUAUAUAGCUCCUAGCUUCCAGUUCCCUCACUCGCAGUUGCAGGCAGGCACUUAGCUAGUUACUGGCCGUCGAUCAGAUCAGUUGCAUAUGCGUGCGGCAGCCACAAUGCAGCGGCACACCGCCUUCUUCCUCGUCGUCGUCGUCGUCUUGUCGCCGGCGACGGCAACGGCAAAGGGGCCGGGGAGGAAUAAGAAACCAGCUUCAUCGCCGGCGCUGAUCGUGUUCGGCGACUCCAUCGUGGACCCAGGCAACAACAACGGCAUCAACACCAUCAUCAAGGCCAACUUCCCUCCCUACGGCCAUGACUUUCAGCAGAACCACAGCCCCACCGGGCGUUUCUGCAACGGACGCAUUCCCACCGACUUCAUCGCCUCUCGGCUGGGGAUCAAGGAGCUCCUGCCGGCGUACCUUUCGCCGGACCUGGAGACGCAGGACCUCCUCACCGGCGUGAGCUUCGCGUCGGGCGGCACCGGGUUCGACCCGCUGACGCCGCGGCUGGCGUCGGUCAUCUCCAUGCCCGAGCAGCUGGUGCUGUUGGAGCAGUACAAGGAGCGGGUGCGGGGCGCCGCCGGGGAGGCGAGGGUGGCAGAGAUAAUGAACAGGGGCAUCUUCGCCAUCUGCGCCGGCAGCGACGACGUGGCGAACACCUACUUCACGAUGCGGGCGCGGCCGGGGUACGACCACGAGUCGUACGCGGCGCUGCUGGUGCACCACGCGGCGGCGUUCGUGGACGAGCUGGUGAAGGCCGGGGCCCGGAAGGUGGCGAUGAUCGGGAUGCCGCCCAUCGGGUGCGUGCCGUCGCAGAGGACGCUGUCGGGAGGGAUGGAGCGGGGGUGCUCGGAGGGGCACAACGAGAUCGCGGAGGCGUACAACAGCGGGAUGAAGCGGAGGAUGGAGGAGAUGGCGAGGAGGCAGCCCGGGACGAAGCUGGUGUUCAUGGACAUCUACGGCUUCCUUCUUGACAUGAUGAUGCGCCCCACGGCGUACGGCUUCACCCAGUCCACCAUGGGCUGCUGCGGCACGGGCCUCCUCGAGGUCUCCGUCCUCUGCAAUGGCGUCACCUCCUCCGUCUGCGACCGCGUCGGAGACUACCUCUUCUGGGACAGCUACCACCCCACCGAGAAGGCUUACAGCAUCCUCACCGACUUCGUCUACGACAAGUACGUCAAGAAGCUCCUCCUCGACUAGAAUACUCCACAAAAGGUGGUAUUAGUCAAGUCGUUCGUAAUCCAAAAGGUAUUCGAGUAGCUAGUGUAGUACUACUAGUAGUUUAUACUGUAUGUACUGUACUGCUGAUGAUCUGUCUCGCGCUAUCUUCUUCCCGGCCGAUACAUGCUCUCUGUUUUAACCUCAUUGAAUGUUGCUGCUCCUUCCUCGGGCCAA